AUGGAAAAUAACGAUAUUGAACAUCUACUUUCGCUUACAGGCGAACAUUUUUUUGCACAUAUUGAACAAAUAUAUGGAAAAUUAGUUGGAAAAAUUUUAAGAUAUCAUGAUAUUGAUGCGUACACAAUUUUGAAUAAAGUUGAUAAACAUGAACUGAUCGAUUUGUUCGAAAAACCUGAUGAUGAAAAUUCUACCAGUGAAUUAAUUAACUUAAAAAAGGAAAUUUGUAAUAUAUAUAAAGAAUCAAUAUCAUUAAAAAUUGGUACAAAAAAUAAAGUUAUUUUGUUGUUAAAAUCAACUCAACAUAUUAUUAAAAAGAAAAACUUUCAGCUAGCAUUUCAAACACGAUCACAACGAGUUGAUAAAUAUCGAUCAACAUCAGCAUCAACUAAGAACAAUCUCAGCGAUAGUGAUAAUGAAUGUAGUGAUGAAAAAUAUUAUGCAGCAGUUGAAGAAUCUAUUGAAAGUUUAUUAACAAAAUUACAAAACAAUAUUCAUGGCAUUAAUUAUACAAAUAUAUCAGCGAAAGAUUUCAAGAUUAUUAUUGAGAAGAACAUUGAUCAUAUUUUACCAGUUGGUUUUAUACAAUGUAUAUGUGGUGAUACAAUAAAAUUAUAUUUAAGAAAUAAUCGAUUUCAAGUAUCGAAUUUUAUGAAGCAUUUGAAGUACAUUAACAAUAAACCAACAAUCUUGAUGAACGAUUAUAAUAAAGAAUCAGAUGAUCCAGAAGUUCAAAAUCAAAUGGAAUUGGGUGAGCAAAUGUUGAGAAGUGAAAAUAUUCAAUCAAGUACUCAAAACAAAACUACUAAAACUGUUCAUGUUGAUAUAGAUGAUAGUAAUGUAUCAGCAUUAAUAAGAAUUAAAAAAAACAACAGUCAAGUUCAGAAUUCUCGUCUUGAACCAACCAAUGAUACAAAUAGUGCUUUAUCAGUUAAAACAGCAAAAAAUCGACAUGAUGAACAAGCUUUGACUCGUAUUCAGGCUAAAGCAAGUCAAACACAAAGUUCUAUUUCAUUCAUUUCUGCAGCAGCAUCAAAAAAUCAAUUCGUAAAUUAUCAACAAAAGCAAACAACAAAUUUACCACCCAAAUAUCAACAUUCACAAUCAUUAAAAGAACAAAUCUUAAAUCCAAACAUUUCAUCACAAUCCAAAAAGCGUAAAGCUGAUGAAGAUGAUCUACAAAUUGUAUCUUAUUCAUCGAAAAAAAGUAUCAAGAAAGUAUCUGAACAAAAUAUCUCCUAUUCUAAUACGAAUAGUUCAGAUAUUUUAUGUACUUUAUUAAAUACAAUUGAUAUAAAUAGACAUCGUUCAUUUAAUAAUUAUCGUUAUCCAAUUGCUGUAUUAAGAUUUGCAGCGUGCUUGUUUAUACUAGCCGGUGUUUACGUAUACGAAUAUAUUCGUAUCAAUAUGAAAUUUCUUUUACCAUCAAUUGAAACAGUUAAAAAAUACUAUACAUAUAAUCCUUACUCAGAAGGCAAAUUCCGUUUUGACGAAUCUAAAAAUUAUCUAGACUCUAUUAAUUGUCAAUUCGUGUUUAUAUCAGAAGAUUCUUCCGCCAUCAUUCCACGAGUGGAAUAUGAUUCAAUAUUUAAUAAUUUUAAUGGACUAGUAACACCAGUUUUAGAUGGAAAACCAAUUGAAAAUGCUUUCAAUUGCCAAUCUUUUGAAGAACUUAAAUUUUUAAUUGAAAACAAUACACGUGCUAAUUUAGUGAAUAUACAUUGCUUACAACCUAUUUUUAAUCAAGAUAUUUCUAUAACAUCAGCAGCAACAGUUUUAGCUGCAUAUGGCACCGAUAAUAAACUUACUUCAAUGGAUAUUAUAAAACGAUGGGUCAUGAUAUAUCAACAGCUUCAUUCCCGUAAUAUUCGUGUGUUAGGUUUUUCCACUGACGGAGAUCCGAAAAUUAAAAUUCCUUCGAGUUGGUCCUUUUGGUACUAUUUAAAACCGACUCAAAUAUUUAUGUUUAUGCAAGAUGGUGUUCAUUUAUGCACGAAAAUCCGUAAUAGAUUAUUAUCAAAAAAUGCUAAGCUAAAAAUGGGCUUAUAUGAAGUAUCAAUUAAUCAUUUAUAUGAACUAAUUAAAACAACAAACAAGCUUGAUCAUAAUUUAUCAAAAUCUGACCUGAAUAUUCGUGAUAAACAAAAUUUUUCUUCCUGUCAACGAAUAUCAGAUGAUAAAGUCUUGCAUUUAUUAUCAUUAAAUGAUCAAUAUAAAGGUACAUACAAUUAUUUAUUAUUGUUAAAUUUAUUAAUAAUAGCUUAUACACAAAGUAAAAUUUCUUUAUCAACUCGAAUUUUUUAUGCAUGGAUUGUAUUAUUUUUUAUUCGAUUAUGGCGAAUAUGGUUGCAUAUAACGAAAAGAACUCGUAAAUUCUCAAACAAAAAGAAAAAACAAAAUGAAAAAAAUUAUUUUAUCACUCCAAACGCUUUAUUAUCAAUAGAGUUGAAUGCUCAUUAUCUUAUAUACUUAUAUUUCUUAAUUGAACAGAAACUUGUACCUGAAUCAACAGCUAACUCUGUUCAUUUAUUUUCAUCACAACCAUGUGAAAAUGUUUUUAGAGAUGCAAGGGCAUUAUCUGGUAUUUAUUCGACUCGAAUUAAUUUUACAAUGAAACAAUUUCUUAAACGAAUAAAUAAACUCAAUAGUUUAACUGAAUUAAAACAGUUUGAGUUUACGAACAAACAAGAAAAAAUAAAUUUUCCUGUUCAUCAUAAAAAUAAAAGGUUUAAUAAUCAAACAAAAUCAAAUUUUACUGAUGAAGAUACU